AUGGACUCGGAUGUUGCACAGCAAUUGGACUCGAUAACACACAAGCUCAUGUCAACCACAUGUCUUGCACAUGCACCCAAGAAACCCCAGGAGGCGCAGCUCACGGCAAUCAUUGCAGACCUACAAGUUCAUCCCACGAUUGAAGCUCUGCUGCAUAUCCUGAACCACGACUUGCCAUCUGCACACUUUCUGGUGCGACAUAUGCAGGCGCCGCCAGCUGUCGAGGGGAUGCUGCUCCACGGCAUCUUGCAUCGCGCUGAAGGCGACUUCAACAACGCACGCGCAUGGAUAAGCGACGUCUCGGACGCAUGCGAGGGCUACCAGCCUAAGCGCAAGGAGGAAGGCCAAAGACUAGAUUCCGAGAUUGUAGAGCAAGUCGGUAGCAACUCGCACGUGUCCGAUUCGCUCGUCAAAUUUGUCUACGGCGGCCAACACCCUGGGUGGCUUAUCGACGCGGUCGAGGCGUUUAGAAGACAGAAGCAAGGCCAAAGCAGAGACGGAGAGGGGGCGCAGAUUGAACAGAGGAUCCGAGACGAGGCGGAGAGGCUGCUGGAUUGGUGCAAGAGCAAGUUUGGCAGUCGAGUGUGGCGGGAUGCGACCAAGGCGUGGGUUGCAAACAGCGAGGAAAUCGGCAAGAUCAGUGCGGAUAUGGUCAGCGGCGGGAAGGGGUAUCGUAAUUUCUAG